UUUGACAUUACGGACAUACAUAACCUUUCAAUCUUCCGCUAAUGCAUAUUGGUAUCGCAAUUUUACCAAUUUCUAUUGUUUUAACAGAAUAGUUCCUCUAAUUUAACUUUUCUAAAUGUAGCAUAAAUUAUCAAAAUGGAAGGAUUUGAGAUAAGAUUGACAAGCAGCAAGAAGGGUAAAGGACUCUGUGCAACGCAGAAAUUUGAUCAGGGUGAUGUUAUUUUAGAAGAGGAUCCUUUAGUGUCGUGUCAGUUUGCUUGGAAUGCGGCCUACAGAUAUUUAGCAUGUGACUACUGUAUGAAGCCACUAGAAACUCCAGAACAGAAUGUUAGGCGACUAUCAUGCAAACCAGACAUAGUUCUGCCUCAUUCUGAUAGAUUUGAUCUGAACCUUGAAAGCAUAACAAGCUGUGACUAAUGUGGCGCCCUCUACUGUUCCGAGGGAUGCAGACAGAAAGCUUAUGUGACAUAUCAUAGAAUAUUGUGUCACAAUCCGAGUGAUGCACAACAUCCUAUUGUUGUUCUCAUGGAGACAUGGAAGACCUAGCUCGUCGAGGACAGAUCCACAGCCUGAUCCCUCCGAGCCCGCACAAGAUUGUUAGGUCUUGUUACGGAGCUGCGGAGGACCUAUCGGGUUGCCGGGCUCCGGUUCCAAGAGCAGAAGUAGGAACUGGGUGGUUUUUAGUCAGUAAGAGUCUGACAUCCCGUCUCGCUUCAUCCAAGCCAGGACAAGUAAUUCAAUGAUUUACCCCUCCAAAAGAAAAAAAAAAUGUUAUAACUUCUUCAGUGUCGCUUAAUUUGCAAUAUGUAAAAAUAGACGGUUUAUUGUUUUACUUAGGGUUCAUAUUUAAGCUAAGAUAAUCAUCUUCAGACCAAUCGGUCUACUAUAUAAAAUAUUUGUACUAAUGAGGAAAUUUUUUACAAAUAAAAAAGGUAUUACUCCAUUAGGUAUACAUAUGAGAUUUCGGUUCUCUAUUUGAUUAGAUUCUUGUGGCAUUGAGUCAUCGGAGAAUCAAUUAGGAGUAUUUAAUAUUAUUGUUGGUACUAAAAUAUUUGUUUUGAGCUAACAUACUUAAAACAAUCCCUAGACAGAAUUUGUUUAAACACUCAAAAUAGAUGUUAAACAAACAGAAUAGUGCAAUUACAUAAAUGGCACAAGUUCUGUAUUUACUUAUGAUAUUUGCUCAUUUAUACAUGUAUUGAUAUUGUGUUUUACUACCUUCUACUAUUCAUAUAACUGUAAAAUUCUUUGCAUAAAUUGGCAUACUCUUGUUUUUGUACUGUUGUUGUCUAGUCUUUAGGUCUGUUGAGGCACCUGUCUCAACAACGCCGGGCGCGCCCGCGCACCAGCGGCAGUGAACGAGGGACGCGGGGGGGCUGCGGCUCGCCGGCCGGUCUACAGCCGAGCCCGCGCCCCGCGUCGCGCCAGUCAGCUGUUGCAUGCUUAGACGCACGGCUGCGCUUACGCAUUUUUUUUACUUGUUACUAAAUUCUUAUCUACAUCUUGUUAUUCCGCUCUUAUACUAGUCAUUACAUUUUAUAUACAGUC